AAAGAUACCACCAAAUCCCUUUUUUCAAACAGAAACAUGGCAACAACAGAGAUGUCUUUAAAAAUCUUAGAGACAGACCCCACCUAUAGAGCGAACAUGGAGGAGUGGAGAUCUGGUAAAGAUCUCCAAAAGAAAUGCCCAGCAAUUGCCUCUCCUGUUACACCUGCCAGGCUUUGCUGCUGCAUCCUGAUUAUCUUUAUACUUGUAGCUCUAAAUGUGGUGACACUUUCCACUCUUGUGGCAGUGAGAAGCAGAGCGACAGACUUACAAGUUCUGCUUGCCGCCUGCCCAGAAGGGUGGAUUGGAUUUGGGAGUAAGUGUUUUUAUUUUUCUGAAGACUCAAAAAAUUGGACAUUCAGUCAGACAUCCUGUACUUCACUGGGAGCUGUUCUUGCUCAGUUUGAAAUGGAGGAGGAGUUGAACUUCCUGCAAAGAUACAAAGGCCCUUUUGACCAUUGGAUUGGCCUUAGCAGAGAACCAUCACAUCAUGCUUGGAAGUGGACAGACAACUCUGAAUAUGAUGCCUUGUUUGUCAUCAGAGGAACUGGGGAAUAUGCCUUCCUGAAUAACUUUGGAAUUACUGCUAGUAUCAACGGAGCUAUAGAGAGAAGAUGGAUUUGCAGCAAGACAAACAUCACCCAGUGAUGUCUGACUUUUUGUGACCCCAUGGACUGCAGAACUGGAGAAGAAAAUGGUAACACACUACAUUAUUCUUGCCUGGAGAAUCCCAUGGACAGAGGAGCCUGAUGGGGUUGCAAAGAGUCAGGCACGACUGUAAUGACUUGGUUUCGUGUGGCAGGGACUGCAGAACACGAGGCUUUGUAAUUCUAUGCAGUUUUUGACAAUAUUUAGUUUUGUAUCUAUUUUUAUAUAUUGUAUACUUAUAUUUUUAUACAUACUUGAGAUUAUGUCUUUGUUUUAUUUUUUUCUUGUCUUACAAUCAUUUUGCCUUAGGUUUUCUUAGAUGCCUAGACUAUAUCUAGCUCAGUUCUAUAUUCUCAGAGACUAGUACAAUGCCUCAAAUACUGAAUAUUGUCUAAACAUAUCUGUGAAUGUAUAAUGCCUUCCACUCUAUGAGAU